AUGUAUCCUAGAGGUUGGCCGACUGAAUGCAAUCUCCUUUCUCUUCCAAACAAACCCACAGUUCAAUUUGAUGCUGAGAGGAAUCAUCUGACUUAUGUUGCAAGGAUAGAUAGGCCUAUACUCCCAGAAUGGAGUCCGGUACAACAACACACUUCUCAAUUUGAACAAACUACCUCAGCUGAAGCAUGGGUAGAAAAUGUUUUUCACCCAGACAAAUUCACCAUAUCAAAUUACAAAAAAUUGAAAGAGAUAGGCGCAGCUCGUAGAGCUUUGAUUCAAAAAGCUACCCUUGCUUCCCAGGCUUCAUACUACCCUGCAGGAGGAGUGAGUGAUCUCAAAAUUUCCUGGAGGCGUAAGAUUGAACUCGAAACUCUAUUUAUCCAAAGUCUUGGAGAACGUUCAGAUGAAGUCAGGGAGAUAGUGCAAGGUUUUGUUGAUGGGUUGGAUACUGCUGCUCCACAUUUUCUUGUAUUCAUCGAUAACUUCAAUUCUCCGACAAUGAAUCUAGGUACAAAUUCAGAUGUUGCAAUGUUUCACUUGAGGGAGCAAGUACAAUUGCCUAGAAGAGUCAGACCUACAGCAACCCCGCCAGGUACUUCACCACCAUCCCAUACUCAACUCGAUCACGAGACCCAUCAACACCCAACCACUCUCGCAGAUGUCCAAAAUGUGUUCUUCCAUGAUGUAUUUUUUCGAGAAGGUGAUCAAUUUGGUCACUAUUCUCCUGACUCUCACAGGAAAUUUGUUGAAAGUUCAUUAUUAAGAAGGAUUCAGGCAUCUCACUGA